GACAAAUGUACAGGCCGCCAUUAUAGAUUUGAUUUUUGUACCAAAAAGUUCGAUUGCAAGGAAAUAACCGCCAAUUGUUUUUUUUUCCAUAGAAUACAAAUAUAUUCUUGUCGUACAAGAAAGAAGUGUCAAAAGAAGUGCAUUUCUAAACUAAAAGAAAAUUAAUUAAGAAAAUACACAUUAUGAGUUAUCAGGUAGAUGCAUUGAAUGCUGCACAUUUGGAGUUGCAAGGAGGUAAUGGUGCGGAAUUGAGGCGCCCAUUUGACCCCACAGCUCAUGACUUAGAAUCAACAUUCCGUCUAACACGUUUUGCUGAUUUAAAAGGACGUGGAUGCAAAGUUCCUCAGGAGGUAUUGGGAAAGUUGGUAGCUGCUCUUCAACAAGAUUACUCGCUCCAAGAUCAAGAUACUCAGUUUAUGAAUAUGGCUAUACCACGUAUUGGUAUUGGUCUAGAUUGUUCUGUCAUACCUUUACGUCAUGGUGGCUUGUGUUUGGUGCAAACCACUGAUUUCUUCUACCCUAUUGUCGAUGAUCCGUAUAUGAUGGGUAAGAUUGCUUGUGCAAAUGUACUCAGUGACCUGUACGCGAUGGGUGUCACAGAUUGUGACAACAUGUUAAUGUUAUUAGCUGUUAGUACAAAAAUGACAGAAAAAGAACGUGAUGUGGUUGUACCUCUAAUAAUGCGUGGUUUUAAAGAUUCGGCUUUGGAAGCUGGCACCACAGUGACUGGUGGUCAAAGUGUAGUAAAUCCUUGGUGUACUAUUGGUGGCGUAGCAUCAACUAUUUGUCAGCCUAACGAAUAUAUAGUGCCGGACAAUGCGGUAGUGGGUGAUGUGCUAGUGCUAACUAAACCUUUAGGUACCCAAGUGGCUGUCAACGCUCACCAAUGGUUAGAUCAACCCGAACGCUGGAAUCGUAUAAAAUUGGUUGUAUCAGAAGAGGAUGUACGAAAAGCCUACCAUAGAGCUAUGAACUCCAUGGCUCGUCUUAAUCGUACCGCCGCCCGUUUAAUGCAUAAAUAUAAUGCUCAUGGGGCCACCGAUAUCACUGGUUUUGGAUUGUUGGGUCAUGCGCAAACGCUUGCCUCGCAUCAGAAGAAGGACGUGUCCUUCGUCAUUCAUAAUCUUCCUGUCAUUGCUAAAAUGGCUGCUGUGGCCAAAGCUUGUGGCAAUAUGUUCCAGCUUUUACAAGGGCACUCUGCUGAAACAUCAGGUGGCUUGUUAAUAUGUCUGCCACGUGAGCAGGCCGCUGCAUAUUGUAAAGAUAUCGAAAAACAGGAAGGUUACCAAGCCUGGAUUAUAGGAAUUGUCGAGAAGGGCAACAAGACUGCCCGCAUCAUUGAUAAACCCCGCGUCAUUGAAGUGCCAGCUAAAGAUUAGAUUAGUUAGAAAUAUAUCACUCACCAUGUAUGUAUGUAUGUAAUUGAAGAUGUCAGGGGGUGCUACUUUUUAAUAUUUUUCUCUAGUAAACGGAAAUAAUUUACGCGUUAAUGCUUUCUUAUGUUUUCCUCGCUUUGUUUCAAUUUGGAUUUAAUAGAUUCGAUUUAGUUGAUAUCAUAAAUUAACGUCUCAGUUUAUUCUGUAUAUCAGAGCUUAGCAUGUGACAUCGUAUCUGUAUUCGAUUCGUUAAUAGGACGCACACUAACUACAUUUUGUUUUGAUUAAAUUUAAGAGAGCG